AUGGCUAUCAAGAAAACAUGGCGUCGUUUGUUUACUAGGCCGCGCACGAGUACUAUCCCAGUCAGGAAUGAUCCCUGGAACGAACUUGGCGCUCGUCUUGAGAAACUGAGCGGUAUGCUCGGUGCAUGCGCGCCUCUGAAAGCGAUUAUCGACGAGUUGGCGGAAUGUUUCAAAGCACGAAGGAGUACUCCGCAAGAUCAACAAGAAUAUGAAGAUCUACGGAUUCAGCUUGAAGGAAUAGUCAAGGAUCUGCAAGAUAAUUUCUCAUCCAUCUCAGACCCCAUAGCCUCAAAAUCUUUAGACAAGACGUGCGAAUCAUUACAGCAAGAACUCAACCGGAUAUCAGAGAUACAAGCCAAGACAUCCACGGGGCGUUAUCGAGAAGCCGAAUUCAAUAGGGAAAGCCUACUCGCAAGCUAUCGUCGCAUUCAAACCAAUCUACAACUGUUAUCGACUAUGUCGAGCCUGGUCACCCGGAUGGGCGCCGAGGAAGACACGAAAGAAGACCCGACCAAACUCGAACGUCGUGGCUGCACCUAUGGGACCCGAACCACCGUGCUCUCGCGUAUAUUGGGCUGGGCGUAUGAACCUAGCACGGAGCCCGUGUUCUGGAUGAAUGGUAUGGCUGGGACGGGAAAAACGACCAUUGCUUACAGCUUUGCGCGUUUUUCAAAGCCCUUUCGAUACGCCUUGUCUCGCGCUAUUCAGAAAAAUCCAGACGCCCAUACUAGAAAUCUUGAAAUUCAAUUCAACGAACUUGUUCUGGGUCCUCUCAAUGAGGUCCGGGAGUCACUCCCCACAAAUAUGAUAGUCGUCAUGGACGCACUUGAUGAAUGCGAGGACCAGAAGGCCGCCGAGGAAUUAUUAGGCGUGGUCUUGAGAAGUUCUCCCCAUCUCCCAAUUAAAUUAUUGAUUUCCAGCCGUCCCGAACCGGUGAUACGGGAGCAAAUAUCUAAGCAACCUGGGGGCCUAGUCUGGCGAAUGAUUCUACACGAGUUGGACCACCAAGAGUUGCGGGAUGAUAUAAAGACGUAUCUUGCCUCCGAAUUAGCUCCUUUGAACCUCUCUGAUUCAGAGCUGAAAUCCCUGACUCGUCGUGCCGGCGUUCUUUUCAUUUAUGCUGCCACAGUCGUCCGAUAUGUCAGCUACAGCGACUUCGGUUGUAACUCCCAUGAUCGGCUGAAAGAUAUUAUGAACCAGGAGACCUCUGCAGUCGGGGAAAUCGAUGAGUUGUAUUCGACUAUUCUUCAAGCGGCGCUCAACAAGCGAGGUUUAAGGGAUAAAGAUAAACAAGACCUCAUACAAGUUCUACAUACAGUUAUAUGUUCCCGAGCACCGCUUACAAUUGAUGCACUAUCUGGGUUACUCAAGAUGAACAACACCAGUCGAGUCCAUGCUGCUCUCAGAUCAUUAUGGUCCGUGCUUCAUAUUACGGGGCCAUCUGAAUCGGUUAACAUACUCCACAAAUCGUUCCACGACUAUAUGAUCGACUCAAAACGAGCUGGUAAUUAUCAUUGCCAAGAGACGACCCACCACGGUGUCCUUGUUCGAUUGUGCUUUGAUUGUAUAGAAGCUGCACCACCGUUCAACAUAUGCCAGCUCGAGACGUCUUAUAUAUUGGAUAAGGGCGUCAAGGAUAUGCAGGACCGAGUUUCAACACGAAUAUCUCUACAGCUUCGAUAUUCAUGUCAAUUCUGGAUGAGUCACCUGGGUGCAACUCUCGGGGCGUCCAAUGAACAACUCGGAGAAAGGAUACAGAAGUUCUUGUCUACAAGACUGUUGCUUUGGCUAGAAGUAAUGAAUCUCAGUCAACUGUCCUCUGCUGCCGUAGAAUGUGCAUACGGCGCAAAAGAAUGGUCAAUGAGGUACGGCGCUACCGAGGAUCUCCGAUAUUUGGCAAACGAUGCAUGGCGCUUUACUACUGCGUUUGCUUGCCAUCCAGUAUCUCAAAGUACCCCUCACAUAUAUAUUUCGAUGCUUCUAUUCUGGCCACAGUCCAGCCCAAUUAGCAGGUGCUACGCAAAUCAAAUGCAGGGGAUGAUAAGAAUUGAAGGUACAGCCAUGGAUCUUCGACAAUUGGCACUUGUGACUAGUAAAUCAAUGGGUGCCGCUAUUCAAUCAAUCGCACUCUCUCCCGACAGUAGAACUCUUGCUAUUGGAUACAACGCAUUUAUACAUAUUAUUGAUGCAUUUAGCCUACAGCCAAUAGCACCCAGAUUCAAAGCACACAAUGAGCAGGUUCAUUCUAUUGCUUUCUCCUCCAACGGUACCCGCUUAGUCUCUGGUUCCAAGGAUGCAACCGUGUCCGUUUGGGACACCCAAAGUUGGUCACGUGUGCUGGGCCCAAUUAAAGGACACAGCAGAGGCAUCGAGACGGUGAUAUUCUCUCCCGACGACAAGUUUAUUAUUUCGGGUUCCAAUGACAAGACAAUUCGUAUCUGGGACGCACAGUCCGGCCAACCCAUAUUCGAUCCACUGGCCGGACACAGCAAAUGUAUAACAUCAGUUGCCAUAUCAUCGUCAGGUAAUCUAAUUGCCUCGGGAUCUGGUGAUGAGUCAAUCCGCGUAUGGAACGCACAAAGCAGGGAUCAAGUCCUAAAGCCACUCGUCCACCGCAGCUACGUUACGUCUGUUAUUUUUUCAUCCGAUGAGGCCACGCUUUAUUCUGGCGCAGUCGAUUCCACUAUAAAGGCAUGGGAUAUCAAAACAGGAAACAUGGUUCUUCACCGGCCGUUCACAGGCCACACGGGCGCCAUCAGGUGUAUUGCCGUAUCUAGUCAUGGAAGCCGUGAAACGUAUGUCGCAUCUGGUUCUGAUGAUUGCACCAUACGAGUAUGGGACCCUACCACCGGAGAGACUUCCUUUGGCCCCUUUAGAAAUCACUCUCAUCUGGUUCGGUCAGUCGCAUUCUCACAUGAUAACACACGAGUAGUUUCCGGCUCGAAGGACGGCUUUGUUUGUCUAUGGGACCUUCAAACCGCACGAAGAACACAAACGCUCACGGCACUUCCAGGGCACACCAAGCAAAUUAAAUCAUUAGAUAUCUCCCCUGACGGUACCCGUCUAUUAUCUGGAGCUGCCGAUCGUACUAUAUGCGUAUGGGGCCUAGAACGCAAGGAGCUGGCUCUCGGACCGUUGAAAGGGCAUAGAGACCACGUUGUUUCGGUUUCUUUCUCCCCUGAUGGAGAACACUUCGUAUCUGGGUCUCAUGAUGAAACAAUACGAAUAUGGGAAGCACGGACUGGGCAGCACGUAUUUGGCCCGUUCAAAUGGCACACAGACUGGGUGAAUUCGGUCGCAUAUUCUCCGAAUGGCUAUACCAUUGUUUCAGGAUCCAAAGACAAAACUCUUCGCUUAUGGGAUGCCAAAAAAGGGAAAAUGAUACUUGGCCCGCUUGAAGGGCAUGAGAAGCCUAUCCUAACAGUUAAAUUUUUCCCAGAUAGCAAACGGGUUAUCUCUGGCUCCGCUGACGAUGUGGUUCGUGUAUGGGAUGCAGAAAAGGGGGAGAUUUUACAUGUUAUUGGUGGCUGUAUUAAGCGAAUCGACACCGUGGCCUUCUCUCCUGAUUGUACCCAAGUUGUCUCUGGUUCGUUUGAUAAAGUUCUCCGCAUACGGGAUGCUUUGACAGGACAUCUGAUACCUGGUUCGCCCGAGAUGCACGUGAGAAACAUCACCUCGAUACAUUUUUUGGUCAACGGUACUCAUAUGGUAUCUGGUUCUGACGACAAGACCAUCUGCGUGUGGGAUGCUCGAAGUGGGGAACCAAUAACGGGACUGCUACGUGGCCAUACAGACUCUAUUCGCUCAGUUUUUUACUUACCCAACGGGAUGCAAGUAGUAUCUACUUCUGAUGAUUCAGUAAUCCGUGUGUGGGAUAUCCUGACGCACAGGUCCACGAACACGUUACCACAUAACGAUUGGGUUCUUGGUAAAGACGGAUGGGUCCAGCAAGAAACAGACCAUGAAGGCAAACCUCAACUACGCCGAUUGGUGUGGGUUCCUCCGGACCUGCGAACCGUCUUGAUGAGGCCCGGAAAUUCGGUGCUGUUCUCUCAAGAUGGGUAUCUUAAGCUCAAUUUUAACGGGGCUCAGAUUGGGCAAUUGUGGUCAAAGGGUUGUAAGAUUUAA